UUUUUUUUUUUUUCCAUGGGACUCGGUCGGGCUUCCCCGCCGUUUUGUCGUUGUUUCCCCGUCGCUGACAGCUCUCCCCUCGGUGUGCAUCGACCGUCCGACGAGCCCCCCGCAUCUUAUGGACUCCUAGCAGGAGUUUGUUGGCUUUUCUGUCGCUCGGUUCCUCUCUGACGGACGCGGCCGUCAUGUUUGCCGUGCGCAUCGUCACCGCAGACUACUAUGUGGCGAGACCCGUGAAGGACCUGGACGUGUGCUACUCUGACUUCAGGGAGAGCGACGUGAAGAAAGUGCCGGUGGUGCGGAUAUUCGGAGCGACAACCGCAGGUCAGAAGACAUGUCUUCACAUUCAUGGUGUGUUCCCUUACAUCUACGUGCCAUACGAUGGCUACGGGCAGCAGCCAGAGCGCUACCUGCGGCAGGUGGCCUUCAGCAUCGACAGGGCCAUCAAUGUUGCCAUGGGAAACCCAGCCUCCAACGCCCAGCACGUCUUCAAAGUGGUGCUGGUCUCUGGCAUGCCUUUCUAUGGCUACCACGCCAAAGAGAAGCACUUCAUGAAGAUCUAUCUGUUAAAUCCUCAGAUGGUCAAAAGGGUGUGUGAGCUAUUGCAGAGUGGUGCAGUGAUGAACAAAAGUUACCAGCCCCACGAGAGCCACAUCCCCUUCCUGCUGCAGUUCUUUAUAGACUACAACCUGUACGGCAUGAACCUGGUCAACUUGGGAGCUGUCAAGUUCCGCAGGAGCCUGAACAAAGAAGCCCCAGACAGGCAGACUACCAGCAGUUGUCCCAGCAUUAGUCCCUGGAAGAGCCCCUGCACCUCCAAGCUCAACGACAGCACCCUGGGGGGCACGUUUGUCCGCUGGGAGGAGAAUGCCCUACCCUGCUCAUUAGUCCUGGAAGAGGUGGAGAAGCAGAGCACUUGUGAGCUGGAGGUUGAUGCUGUAGCUGUAGACAUCCUCAACCGCCUGGAAAUCGAAAAUCAGAUUGGCAGGAACCCUGGCCUUCAGGCCAUCUGGGAGGAUGAGAGGCUGAGGAGGAGAGAGAAGAACCAGUCCACGCAGAUAGAAACCCCCGAGUCACAAGAUCGUGGCUCCGUCACUCCAACAGAGAGCGAGAAAAUCUUCAUGAAGAGGUUAAAGGAGAUCCUGAAAGAGAACGAGUUUGACGUGACACAAGCUUCAUCCAUGGGUGACAAGGAGGAGGAACAAGAGGAUUUUCUCGGUGACCUCACUCUCCAUUCAGAUGACCUGACUCCAGAGGGACUUCCGUGUACCCCUGCUAACGCUGUGGAGGUGCACAGGGACUCUCAGUCAGACUCAGUGAGAAGCAGUGUUAAAAUCCCCGAGGAGGCUGUGGUUGAUGAGGAGGCCAUCUUGAGUCUUCUGGAGAACAGUCAGACCUUCCUCCCGCUCUCCCAAACAUCCAACCACUCACCCCUGUUAGAGCAUUCUUGCAAAACUGAAAGUAGCCCAGAGUGCAUCAGCAGCACAUAA